CCUGAGUGAUUCAAGAAAGGCAAGGUUAAGUUAAUCAGAAUGUCCAUAAUGGUGCUUAUAAUUUUGUACUUUUACAUGAUUAAUUUCAUUAACUGUGGUGAAGUAUCAGUCACCAUACCAGAAGGAGAGUUCGAGAUCGAAGGUCUAAUAAAUUAUGGUUAUCGAUACUCUUCUAGCCAAUCUGAACAAUACUCAUUCUCUGAGAUAAUGAUAAUCAGUGAUUCUUUAGGGGAUGCAAACGGUUUGACUGAAUUUAAAAAUUUAUAUCGGUCUGAAGAAAUAACAGUUUAUCAUAACUUGAAUAACACCAAUAUAAAACAUUUAAUUAUCAAAGGAGAAAACUGUGUGGAUAUGAAUGAUGCGAACCAACAGGAAACAGAAAACAAAUUAAUGAACAAAAUGCUGAAUGGUAUUUACUUUUUCUACUUCAUGGUCACCAAAUAUUUUAAGAAUGUAACGGUUUAUGAAUAUUGUAACUCGUACACGAGACGGAAGACAUUACUUUUAGCUAUUCCUGAUAUUAUGAAGAAAAACUUUGAACACAUGAGAAUUACCCUGACUUUUACCUGUGAUACUGGAUCGGAAUCUAUUAACUUUUCACAAUUAAAAGAAAUCAAUAUUAAGAAAGAUUAUUUUCAAUUGAGGUUUUUUGAUAUAAAUGUGACAAAACUUUCUACGGGGAGAAAAAUCAUCCAGCCUCCUCUUGAAGUUAACUGUCCUUACCUUUUUCACCAUGGCAUAAAGUUUCCAGGGAGUAAAGUUUUUCAAGAAUAUCAUGUAAAUGUAUCUGAGACUUUCGUUGAUCAAUCAGUUGGAUUAAAAUCAACAAGUGAGUUUAUUAUCGAAACUCUGGAGGAAAUUUCUUCAAUCAAAAGAUUUCAAGGUGGGGUUCUCAUGGAAUCAAUCAAUGAUUAUCGUCUUGGACUCAAGUACGUUCUAGGUACUAAUAAGGAUAAUGGUCGAAAGUGCAAAGUUGAACCGAUUCCCAUCGAUAGUGACACAAUCACCUUGACCUACAGUCAAUUGAGCUUCAAUAAAGUCGCUUGGCUUGACUUAGAAUACGAUUACAAAGGACAAUAUCUACUCUCAUGGGAGCCGAAAAAUAUUACCUUUAAUGUUUGGAGAGCGGUUGAAUCUGACAAAACUGAAAACGAUAUUAUUUAUAAUAAUAUUUCUACAACUUUAUAUAUGCUUGAAAAGUUAUCAUAUGAGGAAAAAUUUCAUGUUACCAUCAAUGACGAAGACACUUUUUCCGGUUAUAUUCUGGUCUAUGCGACCAGAGAUUUAUAUCCAAUGUAUGAAAAUAAAAAAAUAUCACAAGUAAGAAGCUUUUUCAAUUUCACUAUGAAUAUUGAUGGGAUUCGUUCAUCAGCAUCACGUAGACACCAACAGUUACUCAGUAAUUGUUACGAUGAUAGUGAUAAUAUUGCUAAUAUUACUCUGAACCUGAAAAUAGCAAAAACUGAAUCAGAGCCUAAUCUUAUCGAGGUUGAGAAAUCUCUUAUACGAAUUAUCAGCAACUUCUUGCACAUUUCAUUUCUACGGAUCAUCUCGAUAAAUUUAACAUCCCCUUCAAAGAUUUACAUCAAUGCAACAAUCAGAAUAGCAGAAGCAAUCGAUCUAUUGAAUUUACACUCGAAAUCAUAUCGUAAAUUUAAUCGCAAUACUUUAGCACAAUUUGAUUCUAUUGAUGCAGAAAACGAUGAUGAUUGUUUAAUCCAACAAGCUGAAAGACACGAUACGAGCUAUGUAAUUAGUUGUGAUUCUGAGCAAAUUAAUUCUUGCAUCAGGCUUUCUACUGGACAACCACUUCCACAUGAAGAUUCAAUUGGAACUGUUUGUUUAGUUUACAAUAAUUUCCAUGAUACUUUGGCUUCAUUUACCAAAGAAACACCUUUAGCCAGUCUCUUGAAACCAGCAUUCACCUUACGGGGCAUCAAAUUCCUUGUCAGUGAUUCACAUUUCCAAAUUCUCGAUGCUUGGACAUCAAAAUACGAAAAUGCCAUUGUCCCAAUGGCACCAGAUAAGAAAAAGAAAGAAUUUGUAGAGAAAACUAAACCGGAGCAAAAUAACAUAAUUGGAGAAACAUCGAAAAGGAUCAAUUCUACUCACAUUAAACUUCAAAAUUACAAUGGUACCACGAAUUAUGUUCAAAACCCAUCACACUUGGUUCGACAUUUGGUGUUAACGAUUGUAUUGAUUUUAACUUUUGUUCUAAUUGGAUUUGGCUUAAAAAGAUGGAGUUACAGUCGAUCAAUUUACUCGAUAUCAGAGGUUGUAUCUCUUACAACAUUGGACCAAGAAAUGUCAAAAUAAUGAAGUUUUACCAGAUCGAACUUAUCAUCUAAUAACUUUAAUGGACAUUUAUCGAAAAACAAUUUUCAAAUAUACAUCUAAUAUUAAUUUACAUGAAACUCAUUCACAAAGAUAUAACGUUUAACUUUUUGAUGCCAAGUUCGAGCACCAUAAAUACACAUUAUUGUUAUAAUAAAAGUGAAUUUCAUUGAAUAAUUUUCUUUGGAUUUUGUUGAAAUGUCAAAUACUAGUAAAAUUAAGAACAGAGAAUUAUUCAAUUACUGCCAAACUUUACCACUCAUACCUUACCUGAUGGUAUGAAAAAAUUGUAAUUAACUUUAUUAUUUUUCUAAUUUUUUCAAUUUGAAGAAACAAUUAGUCAAUGAUCAAUCAUUUUUCUUCAUUAGUAAUGGUUAUCUAUGAAGUGCUUUACAUUGUUUUCUAGCUUUAAGGUUUCAAUAAUUUCCAACAAUUAGUCUUAAAAUAGUUGUUAAUUUUCUGUUAAUUAUCGGAUUUACUAUUAUUUAAUAUCAUUAGAAUCCUCAUAAA